AUGUACGCACGAAAGGACACCGAUCACCUCAAGCUCAUCGACUUUGGGCUCAGCAAAGUCUGGGAGCCAAACACGAAGAUGGAGGCCAGCUGCGGCACGCUGGGCUACAUAGCACCCGAGGUGCUGAACAAGACCUACAGCUCCAAGUGUGACCUGUGGUCUCUUGGUGUCAUCGUGUACAUCCUCCUAUCUGGAUGCAUGCCUUUUGCUGGCUCUGAACAGCAUCAGAUCGUGUGCAUCAUGUCCGGCAUGUACGACAUGGAGGACGAGGAGUGGACAACUGUGUCUGCAGCGGCCAAAGACUUUGUCAGGAAGCUGCUGGUGGUGGAUGCUGCAAAGCGUAUGAGCGCUGACGAAGCCCUAGGGCACUCCUGGAUCAAGGAUCGCGAGCGUAUGCUGUCUGAGAGCUGCCGCGUGGACCGUUCUGUUGUUGAUGCUCUGAGGAAGUUCGAGCAAGCCUCAAAGUUCAGGCGUGCCUGUAUGUCCGUAAUGGCGUGGUCGCUCACCCACGAGGAGCGUAAGUCGGUUGUAGAUGCGUUCCUGGAGCUCGACACAUCGCGAAGAGGAACUAUCCGACUUCACGAAAUGCGAGACAUUCUGAGCCAAUUCGACAUCCCGGACCAGGAAGUUGCCGAGAUUUUCCACGCUUUGGACUCCAGCCACUGCGACGAGGUGCACUACAGCGAGUUUCUGGCAGCUAUGGUCUCAUCUCGAAUAGCCAUGCACGAUCAACUUCUUCGCUCAGCCUUUGCUCGCUUUGAUGUCGACGGCCACGGGUUCAUCUCCCGUGAGAGUCUUCACAAGCUCUUGGGGGACUCCUUUGAGGGUGCUCCUGUUGAGGAGCUGCUUGCUGAGGUGGAUCCUGAGCAGAAGGGCAGAGUGUCUUACGAACAAUUCGUUGCAUACCUACGAAGCGGCAGUGUGCAGGAAGAUCAUAUGCAUGUGGUGAAUUCUGUGAUUGACGGUGAGCUCAAGCGCACUGGGGGUACAAUGCAGGAUGAGAUCACGGGCAGUCCGUCUAAGCUGGCGAUCAAGCGCAGACGUCUAGAAGCACAAAAUGCUGAGACAACUUCGCCUUAG